GGUUCAGGUGUUUUUUCGAGUGACUGUACAACUGAAGAGAGAGUGAAGGGCAAAAGGCAUGGUUCCGGUCUUCUCCCCAGAUGGCGUCUUUGAGUGCUGCAAUCACGCAUAAAGACAGCCAUUCAUUGUAUGGAAUCUGCUAUCUAUUUAGCCUCAAGGAAAGCCUUAUUAAUGAAUAUAGUAAGCUAUACGCUGAAAAAAAGAUCUCGUCUCAUUAUACAACACUCAUUCAGUCAAUCAUUCAAACUAACCAAUCGAAGCAUUGAUGUAGAUGAGUUAGGAAAUCCGUUAUCUGAAUAUGUAAAAAUGUGUACUAAAUUUGUAUAUCAUUUAUCAUCUUAAAUGGAUAUUCUACUGAGAUACUAGCACAAUGUUUGGUGAAAAGACAUAGGCAAUGUAUGAUGGAAAAUAUUUCAUAGCAAUAAAUGGUAAAAAGUGUUUUUAAAUAAUGUAAAGCUUAAUUUCUAUAAACUGUUUACCUGUUACAGAUAUUGUUCGUAUGGCACAAUUAUCGUCAUUCAUUAGAGAAUCUUCAUUAUUAAUCUAUAAAGAGGAACAUUAUCAUUGCAAAUAUUAUUUAGAGUUUCCUUGUACUCAUGACAAUGCAUUUAAAACUUUGGUGCAAAAUUUAUUUCGACAGUUUGUGUUAAAGUCUAAAUUUGCAAACAUUCUCUGUAAAACUCUUCAUCAUGUUUAUGUGAAAAGUGUUUUACUUAUAAAAUAUGUGUUUUUAUAGAAAAGUAAUGUAACAGUCAAACUUAUACUGGUUAAUAACUUCACUCUUGUAAUAUACGUAAUAAGAGUUUUUCACAAAGAAGUAAUGUGACUGAAUACAAUCAUGUUCAUACUGGUGUGAAACCUCAUUCUUGUAGUAUAUGCAAUAACAGUUUUUCUCGUAGAAGUGACAGGACUAAACACUAUCGUGUUCAAAUGGGUGAAAAGCCUUUUUCCUGUAAUAUAUGCAAUAAGAGUUUUUCAAGCAGAAGUAAUCUGACUAGCCACAGUAAUGUUCAUACUGGUGAGAAACCUUUUUCUUGUAAUAUAUGUAAUAAGAGUUUCUCACGAAGAAGUAAACUGACUAUACACAAACGUGUUCACACUGGUGAGAAGCCUUAUUCUUGUAGUUUAUGUAACAAGAGUUUUGCACUAAGAAGUGAACUGACAAUACACAAUCGUGUUCACACUGGUGAGAAACCUUUUUCUUGUAGUAUAUGUAAUAAGAGUUUUUUACAAAGAAGUGAUCUGAGUAGACACAAUCGUGUUCACACUGGUGAAAAACCUUAUUCUUGUAGUUUAUGUAACAAGAGUUUUGCACAAAGAAAUGAACUGACAAUACACAAUCGUGUU